GAAACGUUGCGCGUGUGAGGCGCGUUCGUGAGUGAUUGACAGAAGAUGACACGCGGACCUUUGAGCGCAGCGGUGCCCGCGGGCAAAGCCAAACUCACCCAUCCUGGAAAAGCCAUCCUGGCAGGUGGUAUCGCGGGUGGCAUUGAAAUCUGCAUCACUUUUCCUACAGAGUACGUGAAGACUCAACUACAGUUAGAUGAGAAAGCCAACCCUCCCCGCUACAGAGGCAUCAUGGACUGUGUAUCACAGACUGUUCGUCAUCACGGAGGGAAGGGUUUAUACAGAGGCCUCAGCUCAUUACUGUAUGGUUCCAUCCCUAAAUCUGCUGUCAGGUUCGGUGUGUUUGAAAUAUUGAGUAAUCGGAUGAAAGACGAGUCGGGGAAACUGGACAGCACUCGUGGGUUAGUAUGCGGUUUAGGCGCAGGCGUCAUGGAGGCGGUCCUGAUCGUCUGUCCCAUGGAGACAGUAAAGGUGAAAUUCAUCCAUGAUCAAUCCUCACCCAAUCCCAAAUAUCGAGGCUUUUUUCAUGGAGUGCAAGAGAUCGUCAGAACUCAAGGAAUCAGAGGGACGUAUCAAGGCCUCACAGCGACUGUCCUUAAACAAGGAUCCAAUCAGGCGAUCCGAUUCUAUGUCAUGACCUCUCUCAGAAACUGGUACAAAGGUGAUAACCCCAACAAGUCCAUCAACCCCAUCGUGACAGGUGCGUUCGGUGCGAUCGCUGGGGCGGCUAGUGUGUUUGGAAACACGCCUCUGGACGUCAUCAAGACCAGAAUGCAGGGUUUGGAAGCGCACAAAUAUAAAAGCACGAUGGACUGCGCCGUGAAGAUCAUGAAACAUGAAGGCCCAGCUGCGUUCUACAAGGGCACGGUUCCUCGUCUGGGCAGAGUGUGUUUAGACGUGGCCAUCGUCUUUAUCAUCUAUGAGGAAGUCGUGAAGGUCCUGAACAAAGUCUGGAAAACACAGUGAAAAAUAAAGACCUGAGAGGAAAGAGGAGGAGGUCACAUGAGACGCGAUCACUGUAACAAUAAUAGAACUGUACACAGGCCUCAGUCAGCUGUUUACUGUCAUUCAGUUGAGUUUUAUUCCACUUUCACCUUCAGCAUCUCUUCUUAUUAGACUUGCAUUGAAAUAUGCACAUAAUAAUAAACUAUUUUCAUUUUGUAUGUCUUACAGAGGCCUAUCAGUAGCUGUAAAAAUAGACAUGAUUUAAGCGUGCCAAAUUUAACACACCUGUUAUUACUACAUACUCAAAACCCAGAGUUUUUUAAAGGGACAGUUCACCCAAAAAUGCUAAUUCAGUCAUUGUUUACUCACCCCUGUGUUGAUGUAACUCUAUAUGAGAAAU